UUCUCCAGCAGUAUGUUCAAAACGAGGAAAGAAGCACGCCGGAACGAAACCAGCAUCAACAUUGAACGCUGCCAGUGAAAGCUUUUAUCUAUUUGUUAUAGUUUUUGAUGAAAUUAGCUUGCCUGUAAUAUAGUUUAAACAGUGCAAUCGUUAGUUUAAUAUCCAAAUUAACAGUUGAGGCGUCUAUUGGAAAUUAAUUUAUGAAAAUGUUUCCUUCCUAUGAAAGAGAAGCGAUAAAAUCGCUUUAACACUAAUAGUUUUCGAAAUAUUCUUUGCCAGGUUGCUACAUUGGCAAAAGCGUUUUGUGACGGUAAUAAUUUGAUAGAAAAGCGCCGAAUUACGAUUAAAGCGGACACACCAUGGCAACUACGAAAACCGACGGAAAAAUCGGCGUUAUCAUGGCCCGAAAUCUUAGAUAUGGUGCGGACGACACAAUGUCUACGCGACAGGAAAGUAUGGUCAACAAUGAGUUUUGUUCGGAUGUGACGUUCAUCGUUGGGGCUAGUAAAAAGCGCAUUUACGCACACAAGCUGUUCCUGGUGAUGGCGUCCGAAUACUUCUACGUGAUGUUCUUCGGUAACUUUGUUGAGGCGAACCGGCAGGAGGUGACGCUCGAGGACGUCGAUCCGGACGUGUUUCUUGUGAUAUUGCGCUACAUCUACUGCCUGAAGGUGGACAUCACGUUCGCAAACCUGCGCGACAUAUUCGACUGCUCGCAGAAGUACAUGCUGACGGAUUUGCAUCAGCAGCUUGGGUGCUUUCUGCGCGACCAGGUGGAGGAAACGACGGCACUGUCGAUCUUUAACAUUAACCGCUAUUACGGCUACCCGAUGGUGGACGAAUCCUGCCUGGAGCUGAUCCGCAACAACCCGCUGUACUAUUUCAAUCACGUCGAUUUCGCUACAAUCCACCGGGAGUCACUGUUUAAGAUAUUCUCCUCGUGGGCGAUUAACUGCACCGACGAUCAGCUGAGCAGUGCGCUCGAUAUAUGGGAGGAAGCAAACCGGGAGGAGGACACGCAGGACCUGCGUAUGAUCGUGAAGCUGAACAAGCGAUAUCACAACUGUCUGAAGCUGAUCGUGUUCGGGCAGAACAUGACGGACGUGUUUGUGGAACCGGCCGACGAUCUCAAGCUGGGCGUCAUGUCGGAUUUGCCGCUAUCACUGUACGGGCUCGGCGUGUACCUGCUGUCCAAGGCGAACGUCAUAUCGGUCGAGCUGAAAAUCUACGAGGAGGACACGGAAAUCAGCUCGGAUGUGUUCGAGUGUCCGAACCCGUGCAUCAGCACGGUGCACGUGGCGGAUCUGUUCAUCGAGGAGGUCGUCCUGAUGCCGCGUAAAAACUACCGCAUCUCGAUCAACAUGUCACCACCGUGCAAGCAGGUGUUGCUGCGCGAACCGCGUACCUAUCACGAAAAGAUUCGGCUUGUUAUCCUCUGCCCACCGGGCGACCGCAAACCGAUCGGGAUUGCGCACGUCUACUGUAACGAGCGCAGUCGUGAGCCGAAAAAGAAAUGAAUGGCGCUCGGGGAUAUAUUACGUGUGUACGACGUGAGUUUCGUAUGAUCUGUGAGAAACUGUGUUGGAAAUUGUGCAUUUUGUAGGAUAUUACUUGUUUUUCUGUUUGUUUGUUUUUCCCUCCCCUCCCCAUUUCCAGCUGUAAGUUACUUUUGUAACAUUCAGUGUUUCCACCGUGAGAUUGUUUCAUGAGAAUAUAAAACGAGUUACUUUGUGCCGCUAUAGAAUGGUGGGCAUUUUCGA